AUGUCGUACUUCAGGAUAACACUCAUGCGUUCCGGUAUCGGUAUGCCAGCCAAGACACAAGGUGUACUGAAGGCACUCGGCCUGAGGAAGCGCAUGACGACCGUCUACCACCCCGUAACACAGUCUGUCGCCGGUCAGAUCAUGAGAAUAAAGGAGCUUGUCGAUGUCAAGGAAGUCGAUCGCGCGUUGUCAAAAGAUGAGCAGAAGGCGGCGAGGCGGCCAGCGCCGGGGUACUACAUUGAGAGCAGGGCAGCACAGGCUAUGAAGGAGAUGUAG